UUACUAUAAUUAUGCGCGUUGCAAAUCACUUAGAAUGUAAAUUCUAUCUUAUUUACAAUAAGUAUUUUUAAAAGUGGCAUACUAAAAAGAUAAUAGUAAAAUUAAAAGUGUUAUCUCGUUAGUUGAGGCUGCCUCCUGCCAGUGACUGACAUUCUGUCAUCGAGCUACUUUUCCCAAACUCAAACUUGUUCCAAAGUUCCAGAUUGUCACACGUGAAGCGGCUUUUUAUUUCUCAGUCUUUAUUUUACAAGUUAAAGUAUGGAUGUAAAAGAGGAAGUGAGGGUGAAGAAGAAGAUAUCCCUGAAAGAAACUUUUAAUAAAUUCAUGCCAGAAUGGAAUGAAGAAAAUGUGUUUACUGGGCAAGUGGUCAUUGCUGUCCUGAUUGGCAUCUUGACCCUGGUGUUCAUAUUGCGGCUGUUUCGAGGAGGCAGCAAAAAGCGUGGCGUGCUUCUUGUUGGCCUUUGUGAAUCUGGAAAGACACUGUUAUUUUCAAGACUCUGUCAUGACAAAGAAGUUGUUUCAGUGACAUCAAUGAAGGAAUCCUCAGGAGAAUAUACUUUUGGAAAGAAAUCUCUCACCAUGUAUGAUUUACCUGGCCAUGAGCGUAUUAGGAUGGCUGCCUUUGAAAAGGUGAAAAAACUUGCAAGAGGAAUAAUUUUUAUGGUGGAUUCUGCUACUCUUCAGAAGGAUGUUCGUGAUGUUGCAGAGUAUCUCUACACCAUAUUGUGUGAUAAUGCUAUUCAGAGUAGCAAGACAAGAGUCCUUAUUGCAUGCAACAAACAAGAUCUUUCUCUUGCCAGAUCUGCUCAGCUUAUUCAGAAGACCUUGGAAAAAGAAAUGAACUUGUUAAGAGUGACGCAAGCCAAUCAGCUACAGUCUGUUGGUGAAGGUGGUAAUAAUAAUAGAUAUCUUGGCCACAUUGGGAAAGACUUUGAGUUCAGUCACCUCUCACCCAUGAAAGUAGAGUUUGUUGAGGUUACUACAAAGAGUGGAGAGAAACUGAAUCCAGUGACAGCAUGGUUACAGCAGUUAGCCUGAUUGUUCAGAAAAUGUGAUGUUUAGGUAAUUAAGAGACAUUGUUUAGAUCCUUUACAAGAUCUAGGAGUUUGAUGGAGUGUGUUAAAGAUGCUCUGUUAGCUGUAAGAGUAUUUUUUUGUGCUUAUGCAUAAGAACUGCUCUUGUUAAAAAUUGAUGAAUGCUGAUGUAGUAUGUGAGGUUAAACUAAAUCUUAUAUUAUUUUUUUUAUAAUGCUUAGAUAUCUUGUGUUGUGUAUGUAUUUAAUGUUUAGCAUGGGGAUAAAUGCUAUAUUUUCAGGAAAUAAUAUACACAUACUACAAAGCUGUUAUCUAUUUUGAUAUAAAACUAUCCUUGUAAGAAAACAAACUCAAAAUACCAGAAAGUUAAAAACGAAGGCAUGUAGAGAAUAGUGUACUAUGAUACAGAAAAGGUACAGUAAUAUGACAGCUUCAUAAGCUGAGCCAAGAUUGCAACAUUUGUAAUGUUCGGGAACUGUUUCUUGGAAGUGAGAAAGGCUUGUAUCACAUUUCAAAGCUGUUUUUAUUUAAGGAGGUACUGAAGCCUUCUUGUUAGAAGUGGAGUUGUCUAUUUUAUUUCUUGAUCAUUUCUUUCAUGUUAUCUGUAAUUUAUGCUUUUGUAAUCUUAAUAGUAUAAUGGUACAAAUAACCCAUAAAACUGAAUUUGAGUAAUAAACAAUUUAGUCUAAUUUUAUAAUCCUGGAUUUAAUUUCUGGCAACAGUUUAUAGGGACAAAAGCACUUGCUUAUAGAGUAAUUCAGUGCAUUGAUUUGUAGCAGGCAUGGGUGCCUGCACAUAGGGGCAAGGUCCCCCCUCCCCUUGGAAUCCAGUGAACACGGGAGGUUAGUUCUUUUUCAGAUGAACAGUGAAAAAAUGUAUUACAUCUAACUAUAUUUUUUCAGUUAAAGUAAAGGUAUCCUUUUAUAUAGUAUAAUGUUUGCAUGCAGUGUACAACUGUUAUUCUUUCAAAAAAAUUUUGAUUUCAGUUAGUAUGUAUGUGGAACUUAAAAAAAAAAAGUCAAUGUAACUUUUCAUUUUUUCUUUAUUGCAUCUUGCUUUGCUUAGAUUAUUGGUAUUGCAAUCCCACUGCAUAUAAUGUAUGUAUAUAUACAUAUACUGUAUAUAUAUUAGGUUCAGAGGUCUGGAUAAACUAAUCCUUUAUAAUAAUAAAAGCUUUAUUUAUUAAAGAUGUAAGUGCUGAUACUAUUUUGGAAUUAACCUGCUAGUUCAAAGGGUCAAAAGUGUUUGUCUGCUUAAUAUCCGAAACUAUUCUUGUAUGUAUUAAGAUUUCCCGCCCUUGGAAAAUAUGC